CCAAAUCCAAAUGGGUCACUGAGUGAAUUCUUACCGUUAAUUCUUACCUUUCUGUCCUGCAGUAGGUAUUUGAUGUAGGCAUCAAAAUGGCUAGCAUCGAAUGCAGUUGCAUUGUGGAGGUAUACGAGCUUCUGUGGCGUUGGGGCAACCUCAUCAAACCAGCGACAUGUGAUUCUAAAUCUUCUGCUUAUGGCUCUGGGUGGGAAAUGUUAACAGAGAAUUCAGCUGCUUAGUUAUUCUUCAGCUAUUUCUGAUUGUGGGAUAGCCACCUUCCUUGCUCUCGCUCAACUCCCUACUGGCCACUAUAUUAAAAUCCUACACAGAUUCAGACUCGUUUUCUCUCUCUAACCCCCCUCAACAAGCGAUAACCUGAAAAGUGGCACUGGCAACCACGACUCGACGCUCCGAUCAGAAAAAGGCAGCACGAACACGCGAGUGACGUGUAGAGCGUCCUUUUUCGAGCGUUUUGGGUUUACCUUACCAGAAACGGUGGUUUUCCAGAAUUCCAAGCCCUACGCUUGGUACUUUAUCUCCAAGCGUGACGGCGCAUUACUGCGAAAGAAGAGCAUUUCCUUCUCGGCAAUCGAGAAGACCUUCACAAGUGCUGCGUCUCAAGGAUCUUCACGUAGUGGAGCGUCAAGCUCUGGAGGAGGGUCGUCAGGUGGACAUCAAGGUGGUGGUGGCACUGGGCAAGGCAAUUCUUCUCAACAAGAAGAUGGUGGCGGUGGAGAUGGGAGUAAUUCCAGUUCAUCUGCUGGUGGCGGCAAUUCCACUGGAGGUGGACAGCAUUCAGCUUCUAGGAGCAACUACGGUGGACGAAAUCAAGCUCGGUCAACGUAUCGCGAUGUAACGUCACUUCAAACGUGUGGCACGACGAUCUGCGCUACGUGGUUGCCUACAAGAGCGACCGAUCGAAAAAAUGUUGCGAUUUUCCUUUCCCCAACUCUGUGUAAGACGCUGCUGAAGCUGUUAGAGGAACAGCAAGCCGGCAAAGCUAUGAUAGGCACUUUAUGAUAAUGAUAGUCUAGUAGAUUGAAUUGGUAAGAGUCUACGCUCUUCUCCUUGCAUGACAGCUUCUAAAAAUAGAUAGAUGUAGUUCAUGUACUUGUUGAUACACAUCCACUUGUUGUCAAUUCUCGUAUACCGAGGAAAGUUAAAGCUUGUUUAUAGCAUACUUCACAAGCUCCUUUCAUAUCUCGCAUGCGAACUUGCAUACCUGCGGAUCUCUAUGGGUUCGAUCCAGUGAAUGCUUGUGGCGUACUGCAGCAGUUCUGUAUUCCAGAUGGCGUGGCAAAUUUUCUGAUGAGGUCGGUGCGCUAUGACGACCGCGUGGCUGUCGCACUACGCACAAAUCGGCACAAGUUUCAUCAUGCAUUGCCCUCAACAUUAGGGGACAAGAUGGCUAGCAGAAGAUCGUCAGGCGGAGAUCAUGAAAGUGGAAAGUCUGAAAUUCCGGAAGACAAAACGACAGCUGCGACGAGGGAAUUGUGCCGGAAGGCUGGCAUUCACGUCCCUCCAGUUACCGUGUUUGACAGGUACGAAGAUACACACAGAUACUGUGCUCCAUGUUGGAUGCCCGUGCCCUGACGCGUGUGCCGUAUUAGUCGGCCACCCUUUGUGCCUUUGCUAAGGAUCCAGGAGCUCGCCAUGGGGUUACCGAUACCGCGCGCGCCGUGUGCCCUUCUUUCUUUUGACUUGCAGGCACCGAAGUGAGGGGGGCCAUGCUUGCGGCGCUGCGCUCGCAGGACGCCUCGCAGCCUGCCUGCCUGGCUAUCGCUUUGGCGUCGCGACUAACUUACUGGCUUGCGGGGCUCGCCCGGUCUGGCCUUUUGCUGCAGUCUCUCUUUUUUUCUCGCCGGGAUUCAAAGAAAGCGCGAGCCCUGACAUCCCUGACUAGGACCAAUACGGCUGCCGACCUGGCCAGUUUGGGUGGACGGCACUCCCCCGCUGGCCAUCAUAGCUCGAGGACUCGCAAGACAGGCGGGCAGCGCCAGCCCCUAGCGGGGACGCGACAGAGGCCCCCCGCCAAGGCUCUCGGGGAUGUGCUGGGCAUCUUAGGGGACACCUUGGCGGAAGCGUCAAAGGCCCAGGAUGGUCAUACCGGUCGACAGAGAGAGCCGCUUGAUAAAAAAGCACCUUACCGCCGGAGAGUUGCUCGCUUUGAUGGGGUGACUCGGUCUGGGAGACUGACUGGGGUAGCUGCUCGCUCUGUGGACUCUCUUCAGCCUGGUCAGCGCAACGCAAAACGUGGCUGGAACUGUGGCGAGAUGAAGGCGAUGAAGGGCGCCCCUCGGACGUGCUUCGACUUAAUGGCCAAACCCGUCCAAAAUCACACAAAUCCGCAGCGGAAGAAGACGGGCGACACAGGAGCAGCCACAUAGUGCGGCUGCAGGUGCCACCAAGGCGCAGGAAACUAGACCCACAAGACAACGAACGCAAGCAAAAGCCGCGGCCUUCUGCUGAACGGGCAGGCCCGAGGACUUCGCGAGCACAUCGGUAGAGGCCCUCGUUAGGCGCUGAAAAAGGGCCGGGCUCUCUUACUUAGUCUCUGCUCUUUCUUUGGUUGGCUGGUGCUGGUCAGUGGAAUGGCAGGACGCUUGAGUGUUCCACGCGUGUGAAUUCUGCGCCGGCUAUGUCGGAGAUAGGGGGACUCUGAAGCAACGCCCCGCCAAAAAAGGUGGCGGGGCGCGGGGUGGGAUGCCUCUGGCUGCUUGUGCGACGGCCACUCCCAUAGCGACAUCCUCGGGCAGUGGUUCAUCCACUAAGUAAAGCGGCAGCCCAAAGCAGCGCCUUGCCCCGUUAAGGCGACAGGUGGUGGCUGUCGGCAUGGGCUGGCCGGGUAGAUAGUACGUAGGAGCGCAGAGGCCCCGCUAAGCAUUUUGAUUCGUCGCGGGGCAAGGGUUUCCGUCCACUCCCCUGACAGUGCGCAAAAAUUGCACUAAGGUAACGCCGCGGUUGGCCUGCAGACUCCUGCUGGUCUCGGACCCCUUUCCGCUUGCGUCCGCAUGUUCUGAACUAGGUCCAAGCACGACGCUGCUGAACUACGCCAUUGUGCUGGCUAGCAGCUUUUCAGCAUUAGGAGGCAUAGGGCUUCGCUUGUGGCGUCACUGUUUCUAGCCUUUGAAGUAUUUCAGGUAGUAGCGGGCUAGCCGUUCUUUCAUCAGCAGGAAGGCGUCGAGCCAGGUCUAGCCCCUGGAUGGUUUCAGGCGCAGACGGGGGCAGCGUCUGGGCAUAGCAUCAAGAACAGAGCAAGCGACCCCCACGGAUUUACUAGUGCUUGGCUUGUCUCUUCGGUUUCUCCUUCUUGUCGGUCGUGUGUCGUGGUCGGCUCUCUUCGGUUUUUGGUCGGUUUCAGUGCUCGGCCUGCUUUGGUUUUAAGUUGAAAGUUUCGGAGUUCCAGGGAGCCGCGCUCGUCUUGCUUCAUCGCUUGAAUCCGUCCUGCUUUCCGCGCCUCGUUUCGUUGUUUGUCAUGUUUCACUUCACUCGCGCGCAUAGAAUCUCAUUAUUUAAGUAGCAUCGCUGUCGGCGGGGAGGCUCAUAACAUUGCCCCCUUUCGCGGCAUGCAUGGCAGAGAGAAGGCAGAGCCGCCGGGAGGUGCUUGGCAAUGAAUCCUUGCGUGGCCGCGUCUUCCCUGUGAAGUUUCUUUUAAGGGAACCGCUCCGUUUUCGAUCUUGGCUGCGUGUGUCAAUAGUGCUAGAUAGGGCAGGCACGCAGCUGCAUGGCGUAGGGGGUGCCGUGUUUUCUAGCCGUCAGUCUAUGCAACGCACCCGGCGCUUUUUUCUUUAGGUUGUUAGACUUUUCGGUCGCCUUCGGGCUGGGGCUUGGGCUUGGCGGGUGGUUGGCCUUCUACAUCAAGUGUGGGCUUGUCGCUUAUCCUUGUGCGUCUGUGCUUCGUUUCUUUGUUUUCCAGCUUACUUGUCGUGGCAGUAAAAAUAUGCUUUGUAUACGUAUUUUGCUAUGGACUUCUCUCUUACUCCGUGCGCCCCCGCACCCCUUCCCCACACAAGUUCAUGUUUAAUAUGAUCAGGUCCUCUUCCUCGCAGCAGCGAAGUUUGGCGGCCGGUCGUACAUCGACCACGCCACGACUAUCCACACCAGAAAUUUUCGAGAGUAGUGUUUCCCGGAAACUCUUUCUCAGAGCCGCAACUUUUGAAGGUGAGGAAGCACUCAGUGGAGUCAGCUUCGGUUUUGAAGGGAAAGUGAAUCUUACGGCUCCAAAAAAGGUAGACUCGACUUCUGACUCUGACUAGACAGGGUAAAGAAUCAAUCAGCUUCAGCGCAAACUAAUGACAUAAGUAGAAGACAUAAUUGUUUUACUGACUAACAAUCUCUACUGAAUAAAGAGGAGCGUCUACGUCGGUUUUCUUAUGCUGAGGGAAAAUAAGUACUACUUGAUAUUGAUAACUGUGUAGUCAUCUCUUCUUCAGCAUCUAAGACAGGAAAUCGUGGGAUGGAUGACGUUAUCGCUUGCUCGCGCCCACUCUUUGCAAGGAUAGAGCAGGAAAAGAUACGACAGAUGCACUUUCUAACGGAUGACGAGUACAUCGCACUGCAUUUCAAGGUAUUAAGCACCUUUUAGUAGGGAUUAAUGUUAAAUGUUAUAGAUCGUAGUUUUCGUUUUCGCAUUUUGAUUUUUUUGACACAUUGAUAAUUCUUGCCACGUUGUUGCUUAGUAUUGAAAACAUGGGGUUGACUGACCGUCGAUGAUUUUACUGGUUCUUACCGAAUAGAAAUAAGAACACUUCUGAAUAAGAAUGCCAACUACUAGCCUGCUCAAAAAUGAAAAGAUCAGAAACCUCCAAUUAUUAUAGAUAGACGGGCGUACUCAUCGAGCUGCGUUUAUCUUCGCGGCGGUUGUCUCGGAGGAGGAAGCGAGAGCUCAGUGUGAUAACUGGCUAGCGGGUUAUAGGGAGAAGCUUGAUCCACUACGACAUGAGCCCUUUCUCCAUGGUGGCAUAGUACACACAGCGGGAGGCAGACGCGUCCAUCUUGGCGGAGUGUAUCAAUACCCGAUAGCAUCUUCUGUCGCGUCUGGUGGAGGUGAAAUAAUACCUGCUGUUGGCAGUUGUACUAGUAUAUUAGGGCUUGAAAGUUGGCAUCUCUAUGCGCGUCUCUAUGUCUUCUUCAAGGAGGAAAGCCCUAGAUAUGCGAGCUAGAGACGCCAGCUUUCAAUCUCUAAGUAUAGGUAUAGCAGUAGAGGACGCCCAGGAGAAAGACGAAGACAAUCUUAAUGCUCAUGUUGUAGUUUCUGGAGUCCUUGGAGCUGCGCAUCAGGACAUCGGCAAUGCACAACAAGUAGGACUCGUAGACCAGAAGCCUGUAGGAAGCACCCUUCUCGAAUGUCAAGAUGACAGUACAGCUAAGCGUAAACCACCUCAACAUCUUCUAGAUCGUAGUACAGAAAGAGUUGCUGAUGAUGGAGAUGGAGGGAGUAUGAAGAUACCACUAGACGCAGCUUGGAAUAGCACUUACGGCACCACCGAUAACAUGAACAAAGAAAACAC